AGGUGACUUUUAUAGGCAUUAUUCACCCGUUGCUAUGCAAAGCCCGAGGUACCAAUCACCAACACCGUCACGGACAAAUCAAAAUUGGCCCGAGGGCUACGGAUUCCGGAUAGGCGGAAAUGCGCCUGUAAUAAUCACGGACAUAUUUGAAAACUCUUAUGCUCAAAAAUCUGGCCUACGACCUGGCGACCAACUUUUAGAAAUCGAUGGUAUUAAUGUACAGGGCUUGAGUAAAGACGAUGUUAUUGGUUUAGCAAGACAAUCUAAGAGGGUACCCCCUGCACUUUGUGUUAUUUCAAGGAUAAGGACUUUUACUCUACGAAGACGGAGGGGGACGUUUGGUUUCAAGGUCCGAGGAGGUGGGCCGGUAUUCGUGUCCCAGUUAGAAGAACGAGGUCCGGCUAAAGUGGCGGGGAUUCGUCUCGGUGAUAUGUUGGUCGAGGUGAAUAAUACCUCAGUACGAGAUAUGACUUAUAUUGAAGUGGAACGGUUGCUCAAUACAUCUGGCUCUGUGCUACAGCUAGUCUUGAUUGCUGGGGUAAAGUCGAUAGAAGAGAUUGAAAAACGGAAUACUGCGUCAAGGUUUCGUCGAGCUCGCGAAUUCUUUCAAGAGGUAUUUUAUGCAUGUCUAAUAUUUUGGUGUCCGUUUUACAUUUGGUGUGCGUAAGAAUGCAUUCGACUGUAUUUUCAGUGCUAAUAAUGUCAAAAUUAUUUUCCUAGAUGAACUAUUACUUAGCAGGCGAAGAGAAAAAGAAGUCGCAACUUGUGAAAUUAUUAAACAAAUUUGCCAAAGAUAAAUCUGUAGAGACAUUAGCAAGAGGGGUUAUGAAGAUUUUAGAAACUCCUGUACAGAAAAGACUUAUCCCUACAAUAAGGUAAGGACAGUAUUUCUGGUAUUGUGCCAUCUUGCAAUAUGCAUUUAUCUAAUAAUUAUUUUGCCUCAGUCGUGUACUGAAAAGAGUAUUUCAAAUUUGAUACAGGUUUUCUCUGUAUUUUUUCUACUGUAUUUUCAAUGUUUAGGCAACUAAUCCCGAGAGAUCAAAGGCAAAUCUUCGCAGAUAUUUUGCAAGAAAAUCAAAGCAAAGCAAGUUUAGUACGAAGUGCAUCGUUUGAAGGAAAGUUGAAUGAUCUGCCUCGAUCGAAAUCACCAGAAACAUCAAAGUACAGGUAAUUUUGUCGUUAAUUUUUUUAUGAAAAAAACAUAGAAAUAAUUAUCAUCAUCACCACCACCAUCGUCAGAGCAAACCCCUUUCACCUCUGAGAUCGUGGGUUCGAUUCUCGCUACGGACUCAUGUGAAAAGAGUCAGUCAACAGCCGAACGUUGUGGGUUUUCUCCGGGUGCUCCAGUUUCCUCCCACAGGGAAAGUUGACAGGGUGGGUUAGGAUAAACACAUUUGAGAAAGUAAUCACAGUUGUUGUAAAGAUAAAUAGUCUAGGCUAAGUAAGUAACAUAAGUAAUCGUAAUACUUGAUGUAAUCUGUGACUGAAAAGCUCCAAUGGGGCUGAAUAAUAAUGUAAUGUAAUGUAAUAAUCAUCACCACCAUCAUUAUCAUCAUUACUCUCACCAUUAACAUCACCAUCACGACUCUCACCAUCAACACUCUAACCAUCAUUACCAUCAUCAUCACCACCAUCAUCAUCAUCAUCACCAUCACCAUCGUCAUCACCACCAUCAUCAUCAUCACCACCAUCAUCACCACCACCAUUAUCAUCAUCAUCAUCACCACCACCACCAUCAUCAUCAUCACCACCAUCAUCAUCACCACCACCAUCAUCAUCGCCACCAUCACCAUCGUCAUCACCACCAUCAUCAUCAUCACCACCAUCAUCACCACCUCAACUAUCUACUUGCAUUACAGAACAUGGUCAAAAGGCAGUAGAUCACCCACUAAACAAACUCCACCGACAUCACCUCGUGGGAACACCAUAUCAUACCAUCAGAGACCCUCAUCAAUGGUCUUACAACAUGACUUGGAACAGUCAACAUUCCAGAGAAGUUACUCCACAUCUGCAGCAUUCUCUCCACGAAGAUCUCCAGAAAUCCCUGUUGAUGAAGAUGACAGAUCUGUGCAGAAUUUAGCCGAGACUUUCAGGUUUCAGGUACGGUUAACUUAUCGUCGACAUUUGCACGUAUUCUUGACUGGAAACUAACAGGAUAUCUUAACUGAUAGUUGACAAACGAUGAAGCAGAAAUCUGGAACUGAAAUCUUGCAAAAUAAAAUCUGGCAUCCAAAGACCUGCAUAGGACCCUCUUAAUUUAACAUUCCAUUUCUUAGAUGAACCAAUUCUUAACAAGAGGAGAACAAUUGGUUUUAAAACAAAGGUUGAAGGAAUAUCAUAAGCAUAGGUAAGUGGAAUUAUGUCCUAUAGGCUCAUCUGCUUAUUCUCUUAAACCCACCAAUUCAAAACCAACAUUUUAUCUUUCUAAAGGAACGCGAGAAUGUUAGUUUUAUCACUGGAGCCGAUCUUGGAUGAUCGAGAGAAGCUUAAGAUGGUUCCAUAUUUGAGUCAACUGUUGCCUGAGAAUGAACAGAAUGCGUUUGAUAAAGAAGCACAAAAAUUAAUGGCGAAAUAUCUUCAAGGUUAGUAGGGUAUUCAUGUUUUGUGUUAGUUUACUUAACUUCAUUAGGAUUGCUAAACUGAACUAAAUUGCAUUAGUUUAUACUGGAUAGCUCUACCAGCCACAGAGAUAAGAUAUACAUGUACUAAUCACAGUACCAACAUCACUUGUGACAGGUGCAUGCAUGUCUUGAAUGUUCUUGUCUUCAAUAUUCCUGCACAGGUUCAAGUUCUGAAGGACCAGAUGUGAUUGAUGUAGCUUACAGAGUACAAGGCAUAAGAUUGGCUGAAACGCCUCAGCCCAAAAACCUGAUUGGUGGAUCGAUGCAAGGUAAGAAAUUGCGGUAAAAUGCGUGGUACCACACAGAAUACAAUGAUGAUGACGUUUUAUCUUUAUCUUAUCUCUAACUUAGGGGAAUUAGAUCUAUAUCCUGUAAAAGAAACACCAAACAGUCCACGAUCAAAUGAAAGUAAGAGAGAUUGAUUAGUUUGUUCAUAGAUUGAUUCACCCUGUCUGAACAUCCACACACCCCAUGUUAAAAUAUCUUUCUGUAUUCGUCCAGGUUCUACUGUUGCAGCUUUACUUACCGCGGCUGAAAAUACAAACUUUUCUGGCAAACCUGGAAAUAUGAUCACCGUUGAAGCCUCAGUACAUUCAGUAAGAAUUGAAAUAUAUAUUCUUUAGUCUGUUGUCUGGUUAAUAACACUUUAACAUUUGUUGAAAUCAAACUAAAAGCAAUCUUCUUGCAUGCUAUUAAGAUGAAACUAUAAUCGAACAACUGCACAUAAUUAAACAUCCUUAAUACCAGCCCUCAUUAACUAUUGUUACCGGUCACAGGAAAAACGAGAAGCAAUCAAUGAGACAGAUUAUGGAAAUAAAUCACCAACCUCGCAGACAUCGGUAGGAAACGCAACACAAAACAUUGCUAGCGAUGGUAUUGGAGCACCUCCUCCCGAACUACCAAAUAUCCACACAGCAGCUGAAGAAUUGGACAAACGAAAAGGUAAUGUUGACAGGAGUUAGCACUUUGCAUUUUAACUCGUUACAGGGAAAAGCUGUCACUCUUUUAUGUGACUAUAACAGUUGUCUUACACAUACUUUAUAGGUAACCAUUUCUCACGAUUCUCUAUAUCUACAGGUGAAUUAAAAUCACGAAGCACUCAUAGUGAUCUCUCGUCGGCCAUUGAAGACCAACGGAAACAUCUCGCAAAACAAGCCUCAAAUGAAGUCCCACACCCUCCUAUUCCACCAAGUGGAGGCUUUGUCCCCCCUGCCCCACCACCGCCACCACCACCUCCCCCACCCCCAGGAAUGAACAUCAGUGGCAAUGAUACAAUACCCAAGAUGCAACUGAGGAGAGUGAACUGGGAAAAAUUGGGCAUCGCUGGUUUGGAAAAUACUGUGUGGGGCCAGGUGAGACAUCGAGGUCGUUCUUGAACUUUAGCCCGUUUUUAAACGUCGAAUUUUCGUCCACUCAGGGAUGCCGGAAGUUGCUGAGGGCAAGGGGUGCAAUUGGUUAACAAGAGGGCAUUCUCCUUAACAAAAGGGCACCAAUGAAAAUGAAAGGGCGUCAUGAUCCUACAUUCGUGUCAACCUCCCUCUCCGCCACCAAUUUUUUUCGGACCGAAUACAAUUAUUUAGCCACAACUCCUCCGUAAUUUCUCGCCAAAAAUUCCAUAAGUAAUGCUUUCCGUUUCACCUUUCGCCAAAUGGAUAACAACUUUGCCGAAUUCCUGAUGACUGGGGGGGUAGAACACCCCCCCCCCCCACACACACACACUUCCUCGAGCGACGUUUAAUUCUGUCUGUUGUAAAAGAUUUGUGCACACGUUACACCCAUAGUCUGCACCCGCACUGCACCCACAAAGUUGAAAAUGCAAAAGGCAAGGGGUGCACUUGCACCCGCUGCACCCGUGGUUCCGGCAUCCCUGCGUCCACUUUUAUUAUUUGAGGAAAAUGGACGUUUUAAUUUUAUUAGACGGAGCCCUUGGCCCGCUAGGUUAGAGAAUAGAGAGACCACACGCGGUGAGGAGGGAGCGCUCACUGCAUUACAAACAGAUAAGUUUUCCCGACUUAUCGACUUAACUAAAUAGGUAGUUAUUUUACGUGCUGCAAGAAACCUUUAUGCCCUAUGAAUAACUCAAGCGAUAUUUUCCCUUGUGAAGAUUAUUUGUAACAAAACACAAAUGAUAACUUCCAUUUUUCAGCUUGGGCGAAACGAUCCUCUCGACCAAUUGGAAGAUUUCGUUGAACUUGAACAACAGUUUAGUUCGAGUAAAACAAAGAAAGGUACACUCUACGUUCUUUGAUUCUUAACAUGCAUGCAAUGUUUGAGCCAAAAAGGGACAUUUAUCUUUUCAAUUCAUUCCUACAGCACCAGCACCAGCGAAGAAGCAAGAAACUAUUGAAAUUUUAGAACCAAGAAAGCAGUACAAUAUAGGUAUGAUUGCUACAAUAUAGGUAUGAUUGCUACAACAUAGGUAUGAUUGCUACACGUUGCUUGAAUAAUUAAUUCAUUUAUUGCUUAAUUGGUCAAUUAAUUACUUUAUUGAUUGCAUAAUUGAUAUCAUGUAGCAAUCUUGUUGGGGCACCUCAAACUUCCUCAUGAAGAGAUAAAAAGAGCAGUGCUGUCUAUGGAUGAAACAACACUGAGCGAAGCACACAUCAAACAACUAUUGCUGUACGCUCCUGACCAUAAGGAGGUAAGUAUUUAUCUCAAACUCAUUAAUGCAUGAGUAAAUUAGCCAACCAUAUUGCUUUAUUUUGCUCACAUAAUACUGGAUACCUGAUGAGGUACAUUGAUCCAGUCCUAGGACUGGAUAAAAAUUAAUUCAGUCCUUGGACUGGAUCAAAAUUAAUUAAGUAGUGAUUUAUUCGUAUGAGAUGUCAUUUCAAAUCCUCCAAUUCGGACUGGACUAGAUUUCAAGUCCUCGCAUUUUGAUCCAGUCCUCGACUUCCCCUCGAGACUUGAUCAAAUUGAUUUAUGAUGAUUUAUCUUCCAUCUUUCAGAUACAAAAGUAUAAACACUUUGCAGACGAUGAAGAAAAACUAGGACGAUGUGAUAAAUUUUCAAUGAUGGUAAUCUCUUUAUGUCUGAGAAAUAUUUACAUUUGCGUGAUUUUACUGGAAUUUCUGCAUAUUUAGGUAAGCAAGAUUCCUGGCUACAGACACAGGCUUAAGGCGAUGUUAUUUAAAUCACAUUUUGCCGACAAGUUGGAGGAAAUAAAACCGGUAGGUCAAUAUAAAGGCCCUGUUAGAGUAGGUAUGUCGUUCGUCUGGUUUUCAAACGAGUAAUAUCAAACGAGUAAUAUGUUGCUUGAUUUUCUUGCUCUUCUGAGUAAUAGCGACUAAUUAAUCUAACCAAUUGACUAAUUAAGACAUACUAAUUAAGACUUCCUCUUAAUUUCCAGGAAUUAGAAAGGGUGGUCAAAGCAUCUCAAGAAUUAAGGGAGAGUAAAAAACUACAACAAGUUCUUCAAGUACGAUUCAAUUUCCUAAUUGGAUUCAAUUGUUUGCUAAUGUGUUUCAAUUACUCAUCAUUAGCAUUAAUUAGCAUGCAAUUAACAACUACUGUUUUUCACAGCUUGUCCUGGCAUUUGGCAACUACAUGAAUCAAGGCAAUGCAAGAAUAGCAGGAGCAUCCGCGUUUAGAGUUGGUUUUCUAGCAAAGGUAGGAAGUUUAGAACCGUAUAUAUGGACCGUCCGCAUAUCACUUAAGCCGGUUACAGACGAGCAAGUUUUCUAUGACAAGUUUUUAUGUGACAAGUUUUAUUUGCUCGUCUGUACGCGCAACUUUGACAUUUUUUUCUAUGACAAGUGCACUUGAGCUAGCAUGUUAGCUUUUGAACAAGUGCACUUGUCAUAGAAAAAAUUGUCAAAGUACAAAUUUUGUUCGUCUGUAUGGGUCAACAAAGAAAACUUGUCAAAGUAAUCUGAGCAUUUGAUGGGAUUAGCCAGCGGACUAUUAUAAUUUUUCUGUCACGACUCAUGGCGGCGAUAAACACCUUUUUCUGACACGUUCACACCAGUAAAUAAAACUUGUCAUAUGAAAACUUGUCAUAGAAAAACUUGUUGCAUAUACACACGUGCACUUGGCAAAUAAAACUUGUCACAUAAAAACUUGUCAUAGAAAACUUGCUCGUCUGUAACCGGCUUUAAGUAAUGUCAAACGAGUAAAAACGCAUUGACAUGUUUUUGAUAAAUCGAUCACACUAAAAUUAUUUCGAUCAAUUGAUGACUUUGACUCCUUUAGUUGUCAAGUACCAAGACAUCAGACAACAAGUCUAACUUGCUGAAAUUUCUGGUGAAAACUGUCGAAACAAAAUGUCCUGAAGUUCUGGAUUUGAAAAAUGAACUAACCUCCAUAUCUCUGGCUGCCAGAGGUAAGCCUUUCUUUAUUCUUUUGUGUCUGGAAUGAAUUGAAGCAAUCAAUGAGCUGAAUGUGUUGUAGUCAGGUUAUCAUUAAAGCAUUAUUACUACUGAUCAAACGAGAGUUGACGAAAGUUAAUGAGAGUUCCCUUGCUCGCGCUUGACCGUCUCAUCUCAUGUACGAGACAUCUAUGUUCUCCUCAGAUCUGGGCUGGUUUAAAUUUUCAAGAGAGAGAGUUGAUGAGAGUUUUUGCUCGUGUGAACAGUAAUAUCCAGCCAACUCUCGUCAACUCCUGUUCUCGUUUGACCGGGACAGAGAGUUGAGAAAACUCUCAUGCAAACUCUCGCUUCUCAACUCUCAUUCAUUAUCAAUUCUCAGGGCUUUAAAAAGCACUACCCUGCAGUAGUUGAUCCCCAGGAGCAAAUAAAUUAAAUUAAUACAAAUUUCCCUCUUUUACGUAUUUGGAUAAGAUAAAAUUCUAAAUAAAGUUAUUCCUUUCUCAGUUUCGUAUCAAAUGGUCAAAGAAGAAAUCGAUGAAGUAGUUAAAACUAUGGAGGUGUGUAAAAAUGUUUAAAAAUAAUCGUCUACAAAUACGAGGGCAGAAUUUCUGAUGUAGAAUAUUCUAAUUAUUUCCACAGGAUGUGAAGACAGAUUUAGAACAACAUGGCAGUCAGAUACCGGAAAACGACGAGGAUAAGUUUGCAGAAAUUAUGGGUGUAUCCUUGUUGCUAUAGCAUUUUAAAAAUAGACUAACAUUUGUGAACAGGGUUGGUAAGUUAGAUGAAUAAUUAGGCCAAAUCGUCAUUAGUACCGUUUAGAAAACAAAGAAAACAGAGACCUAGUGUGACGGUAUUUGGCCUAAUUAUUCAGCAAACUUACCAACCCUGUUUGUUAAUAUAAAAAUCUCACAAUUUGUCAACAAGAUGUGUUCGCAACAGGUUUGUAGCAAGCUUGUUAACAAGUUGUAACAAUGCUGUUAUUUUAUCAAGUUGCUAGUCACUUACAACUUGUUGACAAAUUGUUGAAUUGCAGGACGACAACAAGUUGUUGGAACAACUUGUAACAAGUCUGUUGAGCUCAACAACCUUGUUAUCAACAAGCCCUUGAGUCUUGACAAUCUGUCAACAAGGAGUGCGAAUACAUCCUGCUGACAAAUUGUUGAAACAGCACCGCAACAAGUCUGCAUGCCGUAGGUUUGUUACGUUGUACCUCGUAAUUCUUAUUCUACAAUUAAAGUUUUUCAUUCAUUCAAGUGCUCCUGUAUACUGUAUACUAUUUAGGCAGAAGAUAGUCCAUAUAUUCCAUACAAGUGAACAUAACAAAUCCUACAAGGUGAUUGGUCAAAUUUGACGUAUUAAUCUGUUUUAUUCACCUACAGGUGAAUAUAACAAAAUCGAAAUUUUCAAAAUGGCGGCUAGCCGUUUUGUUGAAGUUAGUGAUGAAGAAAUAAGCGAAACUAAAAUGAAUUCAGACCAGAAAAACACAAAAAAACUUGUGCAAAAAUACUACAACAAUUAUUCGCCUCAGGCUCGGUGAUUAUCGGGGAAUAUUCACCUCGACUUUGUCUCGGCGAAUAUUCCCCGAUAAUCACCUCGCCUUCGGCAAAUAAUUGUUAAAUAUUUCAAACAUGAGCAGCAGUGUUUUAUCAGAUAUAAAGAUACGAGGCGAAGCCGAGUAUCUUUAGAUCUGAUAAAACACGCACUGCGAAUGUUUCUUCAAAUUGCUUCAAAAACGAUCGAUCUAAUAAGUUCAUUGGCGAAGUAAUUUUCAAAAAAUACGUUGUGUAAGUCGAGAAAAUCAAAGUUAAAGUUUAUGUAAAUCAAGGGAAGAUAAAGAUACGACACGCUUAUGAUUUUUCUUCCUGUUUUCCUCAUGAAUUAUUGAGUCGAUAAAAUUUUAAUUCUUCAAAAAAGGGUAAUUCGUAUGAUGUUUUUUGCGGAUAGAUGCGAUCACGCAGUCCCCCUAUUUCUUGAUGCUCAUAUUUUACCGAUGACCUUUCUCUAUUAUAAAUCUAUAUAUCGAGUUUAAUGCAUGAUAUAAAUAAUGGUAAAGCACCUCAAAAUAUAUGAAACUUAUUCGAGAAAUCAUCCACUAUUCACUUACACAGUACACGAUCAUAUACUUCAGAAAAGUUUUAUGUAAAAAGUUCUAGACUAAACACACAAAAGUAUUCUUUUUCACGGCUUGGAGUAAAAUUAUGGAACGAGAUACCAUGCCAUGUAAGUGACCUAUCUAAGAAUUUAUUUAAAAGGACCAUUCAACAACUUCUAUUUAAAAUAUUGGAAAAAGAAGAUGACUACAUUCAAAUCCCCAUGAUAAUUGAAAAAAUUAAAAAAGUAUAGAUAUUAAGAAUUUGACUAGGCUAAUUUACUCUACUCCAUAUUUUCUACUGUUGCAUGGAUAAUUCAUGCGAUUCUUACUUUCAGUAAUGCACACUAAAUAUUGUACAAUAUAAAAAUAAUCCCAUUAAUGUUAAGUCAAAGCAGUUGUUACAAACCUGAGCUAAGCUCAGUCUGUUCUUUUAUUUUUCUAAGUUUAAAACUUAUAGAAAUAAACUAAAACAUCUUAUACUUGUUAGCAAAAAAUCCCAUUAUAAUAAAUAUUUUGCAAAUAAUAAAUAUAAUAUAAAAAAUACCUGGAAAGGUAUUAAACAGCUGAUAACACUAAAACAUCAGCCUUAUUUAGUUCCAAAUUUAUUGGAAGUAGAAAAUUUAAAACUGACUAAUCCAAAAUCAAUUGCUAAUGCCUUUAACAACUAUUUUUCUAAUAUUGGUUCAAAUAUAGCUAAUACCAUACCCAUAAUAGAUAUUUCAUUUGAGAAAUUUCUUAACAAAUCAUUAUGUCAUAGUUUUUUCCUUUCUCCUGUAAGCACUUUGGAAGUGGAAGAGGAAAUUAAUAAUCUUAACCCAUCUAAGUCUGUUGGGCCAUUUAGUAUUCCUACUAAAUUGUUAAAUAUUUUGAGAUUUCUCUUAUCUGGCCCACUUGCUUAUCUCUUUAAUUGCUCAUUUCUAACAGGGGUUGUGCCUGAUCAAUUUAAAUUAGCUAGAGUGAUACCAAUCUAUAAGAAAGGUUCUAAGUCGGUUGUAUCAAAUUAUCGACCUAUUUCAUUAUACUCUCAGUUUUUAACAAAAUUUUAGAAAAAUUAAUGUAUAAGAGACUUGUAAUGUUUCUAGAAAAGAACCAAGUAAUUUUUCAAGGCCACUUUGGUUUCCGUUCAAACCACUCUACAACACAUGCCAUCUUACUUAUUGCAGAUAAAAUUCAAAAAGCAGUAGAAAACAAAAUGUACUCAUGUGGUAUCUUUCUUGAUUUGAGUAAAGCUUUCGAUACUGUAAAUCAUACAAUAUUACUCAAAAAAACUUGAAAACAGUGGAAUACGAGGAAUAGUACAAAAAUGGUUUUUAUCUUAUCUUUCGAACAGAAAGCAGUAUGUCUCGAUUGGGAAUGUAAUAUCUGAACAAAAGCCUAUAACUUGUGGAGUUCCACAAGGUUCAGUUUUAGGCCCUUUAUUAUUUUUGUUAUAUAUCAAUGAUUUUAACAAUUCUGCUCCAAAAGUUAAGUUUCAUUUAUUUGCAGAUGAUUCAAACUUAUUUUAUUCUGAUAAUAAUCUUCAAAAUUUAGAAAGAAUAGUAAAUGAGCAAUUAAUUUUGGUUGGCAAGUGGUUAUGUGCUAAUAAACUCUCAAUAAAUAUUGAAAAAUCAAACUUUGUCCUUUUUCAUUCACCACAAAAGAAAGUUAAUUACUCAAUGAAUUUGAAAAUUCAUGACAACAAAAUGAAGGAGAAGAAAAGUGUCAAAUAUCUUGGCGUAAUUAUAGAUUGUAACUUGAACUGGAAGGAUCAUGUCUUUGAGUUAUGCAAAAAAAUAUCCAAAGGUAUUGGCAUAUUAUUUAAACUUCGUGAUUUUGUUUCAAUUGAUAUACUCAUUCAAGUUUAUUACUCAGUAAUCUACCCAUUUCUUACGUACGCUGUCCUGGUAUGGGGACAUACAUACAAAAGUAACUUGCACCCAUUAUUGAUCCUGCAAAAGAAGGCUAUGAGGAUAAUGAGCAGUCGUGUUUUAUUAGGUCUAAAGCCAUUCGCGCUGCGCGCUCGUGGCUUUAAACCUAAUAAAACACUCCUGCUAGUUUAUUAAACAGUACAUAACUAUUGUAGCUACUUUAUAGCUUAUAUUUAAAAUACUACCUACUUGCCCUGCCUCAAUUAACUCUAUAGUUAUUUGCAGGGCAAGCUGUAAAUAUAUUUAAUUUAUAAUUAUUAUUAUUAAAAGUUGAAAGUUUUUGAAAUAUUCCUUAACACAUUAUCUGCACAGUCAUUUGUAGAGAACUCCAAGAGGGACAUGGAGACCUUGCUAAAUCUUCAUGAUCAAAUGCAGUCAGAGUAUACCAAAACUGCCAAGUUUUUUGGAGAAGAUCCAAAUAUGACCACCACAGAGGAAUUUUUCGGAAUAUUCUCAACAUUCCUGGAUCAAUUUGAGGUAAGGAAUUACUUCCGUUCCCACGGGACCGGGCGAAUUCUUGCUUAACUCCACGCACAUAAAUCUGACAUGAACUGUGUAAGCAAGUAUACAACCGGACGAGUUUACGUAAUGUUCCCAAAUCGUCCGAUCUCCUGCGAACAUAGUCCGCGUUGAACUUCGAGGAAUCAAAAUUUUCCAGCCGCAAAAUAUGGUUGAACAUAAACUUUGUACAUUAGGGAGUUUAAGCUUUACGUUUCCGGGAACGACAAACGGCAGGUUCGAACUUUCUUGGCAAAAUUUUCGUUGAACGUUUUCGUUUCAUAUUUCAUUCUUGCGUCGAAAGAAUAAUUAUGUAUUUCAGUUUUAAAACAGCAAGCUAGUUCAUUUACUCGUUAUUGCCUCAUACUGUAAAAUUUUUCUUUGCCUGAUGUUUGCCGUUCAUGACGUAUAACACGAAGCUUAAACUCUCUAUUAUAUUCUCUUCACGCAACGUUAAACGUUACCGUCAAAUUAUAAGAAAGUUACGCAUUGAUAGGAAUACAACUAUCUGAAAAAUACAAGGAGAACUUCGAUGUUUCGAGCGAAGGCGCUUCUCGACGAACGGUCUUCGCUCCACACGCGAUUGUAUCCGUAUUAAUCCACAGCUUUCUUACACUGACACAGACAAUUGAAUAAACCGUCUAUAUACUUGCGUCUAAAGACUCUAAAGACAAGGCUUAUUUGAAAAUAUUUUGCCCAUGUCGUUAACUCAUUGAUAUAAUUCAUAGUCGUACAGUUGUUAUAAUCUGUUAGCCUGCGGUUCACACUAUCAAAGUCUCGGGCGUCACAGCAGGAAUUCUGUAUAGGUAAAUGGAUUGAUCUAAACAAGUCUAGACAAAAAUUUCAUCACAGCUUGAAAGAGCGUCACAAAAUUAAUCAAGCUGUGAUGAAAUAUUUGUCUAGACUUGUUUAGAUCAAAAUUUAGUCUAUAAUGCAAAUGGCCCAUUGUAAGUCUUGAAAGAUUUAUAAGAAAUGUUUAGGGGGCCUGGCGUAGUGUUAACACCGAGUCAGUUUCCUCGAACAUAUCUUACAAAUCCUUCAAAACUUACCGAUACAAAAUUCCUACUGUGAUCACAGAAACUUUGAUAGUGUAAACCCCAAAAGAUAUUAAUUUCUUAGGCUUAAUUUGCGUAAAUUUGUGCAGUUUUCAUCUGUGGGAGUGUAUGGAUAAUUUGAUACCAUGAGCAUUUCCCAUAAACGUGGGCAUUUAGUUUUGGCUGUACGUCAGAAGUUUUAUGAAAGGUUGAAAUAAUUCUCGUGUGAGAAACGUUUUCCCAGGCGUUCGCCCACUCCAAGCAUAAUUAAAAUUUGUUGUAGAGGAAACCGCAAAGCUGGCAUGUUUUUUAAAUUUUAACUCGUACUAGUAAUUAGGAGUUUUGGUCAAUGAGCGCGAGAGUCCACUAGCGCCAAAACUACAAAUGUUGCAAUUACAAUCAUAUUGACCAAAAACAGCAAUUAAUGAGGGUAAUUAGAAGUAACUUAACAUCUCCAAGGAGAUUGAUGAUUUUAAGAGUCACGUUAUGGUUCAUCUCUGUCACAUUCUAGCCCUGAAGAGAACAUCAAAUUCUAUCAAAAUUGAUAGAAAUAGAGUCUCAAACAUUUCUUUGCUCGUGUUCGUGUUCUAGCGUCACGUAGCGUGACGUCAUUGUGACGUCAUUAAGGAGAGUCCUUUUCGGUUUCUUUAGAAUAUUUUCAGCUUCUAGUCAGUUUUGAAUUCCGCAAUGAAACCAGGUCAUAGUGACUCAAAAUAGUCCAGCUUCUUAUAUUACGAAAGCUAGGAUUGAUAGGAAUCCAGCUACCUGAAAAGUACAAGGAGCUUCGACGUUUCGAGCGAAGGCUCUUCGUCGGAAAGCUAUAGUACUUGGUACUAUACCUGCACUCACUGGCACAGAUCUUAUAUUAUAUUUUCUUAUCAUACAAGAUUUUUGAGGAGAGCACGUUAGAGCUGAUCGAGCUAUAUCUAGUAUAAAUAAAGUUUAGUAUUUGGAUGAAAGCCCGAGGCAUCGUUGCAUCAUUUGUUGUGUUGAAGCAUGCUAGCAAUCAUGUCAUUGAGUAAUUAUAUCAUCUCUCGACAACAAAUCAAAAAUAAUAUUGUAAUCUCUAAACUCGGGAAAUUUUCCCACACAAUAAGAUAGUGAAAACAGUCAGCACGUCUAUACAGUUCAAUAUAUAAUCGUACUUCAACCUGAGAUAUCAACUAUAUUCCUUAAAUGUCGUGUUUAGCAUGGCCAAUAAACGAUUUAGGCGAUAUAUGAUAUCGGUCCUAAUGGUUUAAUGACAACGUAAUGUGGGCGAGUAGAUACAAGGGGCCUUUGAAUGAGUGCACGCAGAAUUUACUGUUUCCGUUGGUAUAUUUGCAUCAGUUUGGAAAUGAGAAAGAUCUUUUAGAAAAGAAGUGUUACCGUUGCUUGGCGAGGCAUGGGAAAGUUUUCCCCAAAUUUGGAGAGGAUUUAGUCAGAUGUAGUAGAAUAUAUUUCGGUUUUGGUUAAAGAAGCAAGUUAAAGUGUUCACUCCGUCGUACUUAACGCUUAUGCUGAAUUUAACAUACAUAUUCAUCUAUAUACUGAUAUUGGACUUUCUAUAUAAACUAUCAAGGCAAUAACAUCACGCAGACAGUUUUUAUAACGCAAGUGGCUGAGUUGCUUGUAGCGAGGAGUAAAGUUUUUAAAGUUUUUCAUCAUGCCUCGGUUUUGGGUAAGAUUUCGUAUUAUUUACAUGCAGCAUGCAAACAUAUAGAAGUAUUUGAAGUAGAGAUAUUUCCAUUUGGGAAAUAAGAGUUAGAGGUUAUAUUAUUGGUCUGGUGUUUUCGUUUGAGUAAUGAUUUAGUAAACAAAUGUACAAUUGUAGCGCUAGGUGGUAUAUUUGUAGCGUAUCAUGCGAAUCGAAAGAAUAAUUAAAAUAGACUAGAAAUUCAAUGUGUUUUGGUUGAGGAAAUGCUAGAGAGUGCUGGAUAUCAUAUGGAUAGAGCAACUAUAAUAUAGUUUUAUAAUUCCCACAUUCCUCAAGACUGCCACAACAGCCUGUUUCAUCCAAUGAAGGAGAAGUAGUGGUAUUAUGGCAACCAUGAGUUGAGGGAAUAGAUUUAGUAAAUUCUGGUUUGUGUGGGGGAGAAAAUAUAAUGUUGAUAUAUAAAAGCAGUUUCCUUACCUAACUAUAAACAUGAUUCAAUUCCAUAUCAAUUCCAAUAGUCUAUACGAUUAAGGUGGAUUAAACAAUAACGGUGAUUUGACAACUUGUACUUCCUGACAAUUCUAAUAAUCCCAGGAUUAGACAGAUUAAUAUAGUAAAUUAUUGUAGAAAAGGAAUAUAUAUAUAUAUAUAUAGAUGAUCAAUAUAAUUAUUCUGUAAUUAAUCUUAAUAAAUCACAAAGACUAAUUAUUGAUUUAAAGAUGUUAGAUGCGAAACCAUGCAGGAUUCAUACUAAGAGUUUCAAACGUUCACUGGUUAAAAAUAUUUAUUUAGACGAACUUUCGACUGCCAGUAUGCAGUCUCCGUCGAAGACACUGGCAGUCGAAAGUUCGUCAAAAUAAAUAUUUUUAACCAGUGAACGUUUGAAAUUCUUAACUAAUUAUUGAUGUUUUGUAGUCAUGAUAAAUGAAAACUUUGAACACGUUUCUUAUUACCGCCAACACUAUAUUGUGUUUGAAAGCAGUGCCAACCUGGCUCUGCCAACAGUUUUAAAAAAUAGAAUACAAAGUCUGAAAAAUAACAUGUUGAUCAAUCCAAGACAUGGAUCAGAAUAAGACUAGAAACACAAGUUUGUGAUAUUUCGAUUUUAUUUCCAAAAUCAUCAUUAGUCUAUAACUGGUCUUGUCUCGUCAGAAAAUAUGGAUUUUCUGACUUUGCCAUUAAUUAUAUUGUUGCAGACCACCUAAGUCAUACUUGCAAGGGCAGAACUACGUUUCAGAGAUCAUGGAAAUAUGAUAUAGUAUUCAUUAUUAACCUUUUUUCUAUUCAACUGAUAGGCGGCUCGAUUGGAAUUAGUCACACAAAGGAAACGAAAGGAGGAACAAGCCAAAAGGGAAAUUGAGAAACAGGUAAAUAUCAAGCCAAAAACUUUAAGGAAAUGGAAACUUUAAUUAAGAAAAUGGAACCUUUACAAGUGAUGCUAUGUUACACGUGGUUUCACUAUAUGCCGUAUUCAAUAGUUAUCAGCAUUAAAAAAUGAUGUGGAUUCUUUUCAAUGCUUGCUUGUAGUAUAGUUUUGUAUUUGUUAGCAAAUAAACAGAGUCGAGAGACUUCAUUUCCUUGUUUCUAUUCUAGUGUGAACAUUUCCUUCAGUUGACCCCCCAUCCGGUGAACUCAGCCGGUUAUACUGUAAUCAACCAAUGCAAUUUUUCGGAAAAUAUCAAUAUAUUCCUUCCAAAAAUAUACGAUAACUGAGUAUUCUAAAAAUGUAAAGGGGGAUAUAUUCGAAAUAUUACCCUGGGUAAUAUAUUGUUAGUUCCCCAUGUUAUUGUGUGGUACUUAGCCUUCUUCACUGUGGCCAUGGUGACAAAUUGUAACAAUAUCAUAGCUGUAACAAUGUGUGAGAUUGAGAUGAGCGGUGUGGAGGAUAAAUAUUAUGUUCAUCUUUCCCGAUGGCAACCAACAGUCCGAAUUGUUAUGCAAGCCGCCAAAACACAGCGUGGUAUUUGAUAUUAGGGAGCUUAACAAUAUAUCGCUGACCAACGGCCCAUCAAAAUGCUCAAAUUUUCUUUGUUGACCCAUGCAGAUGAGCAAAAUUUGUACUUUGGCAAAUAUUUCUGUGGCAAGUGCACAAGUGUAUUAUCCGCAAUUAGUGGCUCUAAUGCUCAGUGAGCCGAGAAACGUUCCAAGAACGGGAGUUUAAGCUUAUGUUUGAGGAGAAUAGCAAACUUCAGACUUUCUUGGAUCUAUAUAUUUGCCCUCCUCAUUAUUUCUAAGAAUGAUUUAAAAUUACAGUUUUAACACAAAUGGCACUGUUUCCUUGUUGUCUUAUAACACAAAAUAUUUCUUUGUCUGAUGCUAUUCAAGGAGAUCUUUAAUAAUUCAGUAAUUGUGACUCUUACACACAGAAUACACGCAUAUUAUAGAUGACUGAGCUGACUUACGCUGUUAGCUUAAAUGGCAAAAUGCCUAUUUCAAAGAAAAAUACAUAUUAUGUUCAAUGAUGAUCUUGACUUUAAAUUAUACGUGAGCCGCGGCAUAACUGGGCGUGCUUUUGCGUGAAAAUUUUUCCGCAAUUGAAUUGGACGUGACUCGUUACCAAUCCCCCCGUUGACUCGAUACCUUAAUGGGUAGAGCUGUGGUCUCCUACACGCGAAACACUGUUGUUACGUUUUCCUCGUUAACCCAGAAAUAACCUUAUUUGGUUAACCUAUUGCCUAUAGUUAAGUUGACCAGGACUUUCUGGUUGGAUUAACCAGACUGGGUUAGGUGGACAACCUACAAAUUUUGUUCGUCUGUACGUGUCGACAAACGGAAAGUUUGGCAAAGUAAUCUGAGCAUUUGUAUACGGUUGCCAAAACGAUCUAUUGUUGUAAUAGCUAUAAUACACAUGGAAAAAAAUUCUCAGUUCCGAUUGGCUGAGAGCAGUGUAAUUUUUUCAAAAUGCAGUGCCAAUUUCUUAACUUUUUAAAUUUUCUUAUUUUUUAUUUUUCUUAAUUUCUAAAUGUGACUUACGCAUGUGAUAGCAUAAUUUUUCCACGUUAUUAUUUGAAUAUAAUAUAGCAUUUGUAAAUUCUGAACGCUGAUUUGCUAAGAGCCGUGUUGAUAUAACUCAAUGUCAACACGGAAACGGCGGAAGAUUUCUUUCUUUAUAUUUCUUUGCGCUAUAUUAUAAAACAAAUAUAAAACAUUUUUUCCGUAUUGAUAUGUGUACAGUUAUAUCAACACCCGUGGAAAUUGGGAAAACUCGAAAUUGUGUGAAAACACUCCGUCCUUCGGGGUCGUAUUUCCACACAAUUUCUCGUUUUCCCAAUUUCCACUCGUGUUGAUAUAACUGUAUAACAAUACGGAAAAUGUUUUAUAUUUGUUAAGUAAUAGUAUGGUUUCUCGUGCAAUUUGAAAAACAUACACUCGUGAGUUUUUCAAAGACUUCAAAUAAUUUUGAUGGUCUUUGAAAAACUCACUCGUGCACUGAUGUUUUUCUUCAAAUUGCACUCGAAACCAUUAUCGGUGACGAUCAGAAAACCAAAAACUUGUCACAGAAAAUUUGUUGUACAUACACACUGUAAUAUAGCUAAUUAAUAUGCUAAUAACUAAUCCAAAUGGGAAUAACUAAUCAGUAUUCAAUAUAUAGUUCACAAACACUAUAGCACGCGUUUAUCUCGCUUUAUUGAGUCUUAAACAGACAUUUUGAAUAACAUAUAACGUGAAGAACAGAGAACCUAUACUAAUGUGGGGAGGGAUGUAAUAUAGCUAAUUAAUAUGCUAAUAACUAAUCCAAAUGGGAAUAACUAAUCAGUAUUCAAUAUAUAGUUCACUGAAACACUAUAGCACGCGUUUUAUCUCGUUUUAUUGAGUCUUAAACACUACACACACAAUUGAUGAAAAAACUUGUCGUAUGAAACUUGUCAUAGAAAACUAGCUCGUCUGUAAUCAGUUUUAUAGUUACUCACUACACAUGUAUUUUCUAUCAUAUAGAAUCGUUUGAAAAAGAAAAAGGAAGCGAAAUCUCAGUCUUCGACAUCCGGGGAGGAACAGGAGGAGAGUCAUGAAACCACAUCUGAACUAUCGAAACAACAGGAAAAUAUCUUGACAAAACGACAGAAGUAUGCACGUCGUUCAAGCAGCUCUGAAAGUGAAGUACCUACCUCGCCUGGUCUCGCGUUAUCGCAUGAGAUGCGGAAGAAUCAAUUGUUUAAAAGUCAAGAGCGACUUGACCAGAAAAGAUCCCCGCCGCCUGUUUUGCCAAAGCCUAAACCCAGACCUAAGCCGAAAUUACCUCCAACCAAUAGGAAUGGAGAAUUACCAUCACCAGCCAAUAAGAAUGGAUUAUCUUCCUCAUCAGCCAAUAGGAGUCCAGCGUCGCCAGCAUCUCAACCAAUCAACUCCAAGGCUAUGCAUGAGAUAGCCAAUGAGAUUUCACAAAUAAAACUGCAAAAUAACAAGAAAAAGAAAGUCGGUAAAUCUAAUAGCAGCGACAGUGACAGCACAGACGGAAACGUAUUUACAAAACAGGAAGUGAAACCACCGCCAAUUCCAAAAAAGCCUCUUCAACAUGCAAAAAGUGUGGACUUCAAUGAAUUACAGCUAACACAAAACACUAAAUCAGGAAAAACUGUUCAAAAUUCUAAGAGCGUUGAGGAGAACUCCGCUUCUACAAAAGGCGAGAAAAUGAAUAGUUUACCCCGCCAAAAUGCGAUACAUUUUGAAGAAACAGACGGCUAUUCAAAAAUGGACAGCUCUCCUGAGCCUAGGAGAGAAGAGAUGAGUUCAACGCCCAGGGAAAUUUUGCAUAACCUCAAAGAAAGGGGGACGAAUUUAAUGAUGAAUAAAAAACGGGUACUACAAAAUAUGUGCUGGCCGUUGGGUUGCCAAAAUGGGGAUGAUAAUGGACAAGACGACGAAGAUCCUUUGUACAGUACGGUGAACUUCGCUACAUUAGGGUACAAUAAUAGUACAAACGUGGAUACAUACAAGGAUACAGCAGAGGUGAAUGUCCCUAUAUGUACUACAAAGUCCUAUGUCAAUCCCACCUAUUCCCCUCCCUGCACUAGUCCUAAACCCUCCAGUUCCCCAACGAAAUCACAUCUCUCAAAUGUGGUUCAAAUCUCACCUGAACUCGGGAUAAAGGAAGUACAAAGCCUUGUUAACGGAGCGGCAUCUUAUACAGUUGGGGAUAAUGGAGACCUUUAUUCGUUACCGAUAAAGGGACGUAUACCAAGCGAUGAUACGGAACCGGGAAAAAGCACCCCGGAAAUGAACAGUCCUACGAAACAUAACCCUAUAGUGCUAACCCCCGAUGAUUUAUACUCGCAACCAAUGCUAGACUCCCCCCGAAGAAACUCUGACAGUGAUAGUGCCGGGGAGAGCGAGGGACCGUAUGCACAAACUUUGUUAUUCCAACAAACUCAAAGAAGAUCAAAAUCUGAGUACGACAUACCAGGUUUAUUGAUAGACACAACCCCCACCACGUUUGAUCUCAAACCUCCCAAUUUUAAACCUCCCCCACCCCCUCCUGGCGGCUCUCCAAUUCUUAGAAAGAAGAACAAGAACAAACCCAGCCCACCAGUUCUCAGAAAUAAGAACAAAGUGAGAUCUCCAAAGAAAAUGGCGUUAAGAGACCCUGAAAGCUCGCCGAAAGGCAAAAACUUUGCAUUUCAAAUGAAACGAAGUCAAAGUGAAUCAGACUUGACUAGCGAACCAAUAUUCGCGACGCCAUCGAGCAUUGGGAUACCUCGAGAGGACAAUAAUAAUAAUAAUCGUCACUCUAUGUUUGUUACUCCGAAAGAAGUCGGAAAACUUCGUGAAUACUUCAUAUAUUCCGAUGAGGGAUUCGAAAACGAGAGAUCGGGGAAACUUCGUAAUCAGAUCGGAAAUGGUCGGAAACAGAUCGGAAAUCAUCGUGAGAACACGUUUCCAGAAAUCGUUCCCCCACCUCCCUCUUCAACUCCGAUCAUUGAUACAGAUUCUCUGGGGGUAUUACCUCCGCCUCCCAUGUACCCACCGCCCAGGUUACAUCACUCAGAAAAAUCGUCGGUUGAUGACAACACGCAGAGUGAGUCACAAUGGCAAGAGAUGAUUGACAGUCUACCACCCCCACCUCCUGAUAUGCUGGAGUCGUAAAUAUGAAUCGGGGAUAUUCACCCUCCUACCAGGUCGACCAUGUACUGUCAAUGUAUCCGUCGACACAAUUAAGGGGUACACACCUCUAAGGUGAAAACCUAAUUACGAGUUGCCCCGUGUAUUUAACUAAAUGAACUAUGAACAUAGUCGGUCUUGUUUAAAGUAUACAAUACGUAAUUUAUUUUAAAUUAUAAUAUUUGCAGAACAACGUAGAGUUGUAAAGUAUAGUAAUAAUAAUCUUAUUGGUUUUUGUACAUUUUACAUAAUAAAUAAAUAAAGGUAGAAAUGA